AGGUGAGUGAGUCGACGAGGUAAAGGGGCCACUCAGUAGGUGUAAUCAUUGACAGCGGGGCCACUCAGUAACGGCGGCACCAGCACCAGCGGCGGCAGUGGUGGAGGUGGCGCCACCAUGGGCGGCUGUGGGUUCGAGCAGGUAGCAGGAGGAUCCUACGGGGGCGGCACGCCGCUCUCCAUGCUGCAGCUCCCGCCCUCCGCCCACGCCGAGCUCAGUGCCCACCUGAGGUCUGUAGGAUCGUCAGGGGCGAGCUUCACGCUGGAUGGGGGUCGGGCGACUGACGCGGGCGAGACGGCCGAGCACGCUGAAGGAGAGGUGGGGUGGGUAUGUAAGUCAUGCCGCCUUGUGUUCCCUUCGCCCGCCCUCCUGGCCGCCCACCAGCGGGCCCUCGACCACACCCGCGGCGUCCUAAGACUGACGCAGCUGUUGUACGCGUGCACCUCGUGCCGCCACCACGCCGCCACCCUAGCCGACUACCGGCGCCACCUGGACAGCGAGCAACAUCGUGCAGUCUCGGUGCCUGUGAGUUCGGCCAGCGGCCCCAUGGUGGAGGAUGCCGAGGUGGCGGCGGUGGUGCAGCAGAUCACUGCCCUGGCGCAGGCGGCGCAUCCAAGCACCGACACCAACGCCAACAUCAACAAGGACAGCGCUGCCGCCACCCCCGGGCCACAACCGGCUUCCAGCCAGUAAGGUGGACCAUUUCCGGCCCAAUCGGCCAUCUGGCUGCUACCCUCAGUGACCAGCGCGGCCCCCGGGCCUCCUGGACCAGGCCCGCCCUGGCCCGGGCCGCCAAGCCCCUCCUCGCAGGCCGGGCCUCGUGCCCCGCCCACUUAACGCCUCGCAGUAAACGCCCCGCGGCGGCGCCCCACAAACUGUGUCGUGUGUCGCUGUGGCCUCGCCGCUCCUGUGUCCGUGUAGACGUUGUCGUGUUUUAGCUAGCGGUCACCAGGCGCCGCACACCGCCACGCCCGCGUCGCGCCGCCCGCACCACCACCCCCACACACCCACGCUAUAGCCUGGAAGGCCUCACAAUGUGUGGCCGCAUGCACGUGUGAAGCGUGGGCGUGUCGGUAGCCGCUGGUGGACACGGGCGGCGCGGGCACGGGCGAGGGCACUCAUUCAUACAAUCAAUUGAUCCUGUGGGUAAUGGUUCCUACGUAGGUUUAUCGUGGCCAGUACUAUGUUCCUGUAGCGAUAGUGCGACCCCGCGCUGCCCGGGUCAAGGGCCGCUUCUUUACUUUAUCUCCGGCGACGCUGACGAGCGUCCACCAGUUCCUCACCUGCCCAGGUGUACAAGAAGCAGCGGAGGACUCACACUUGUCAAGGUGAUAAUCCUGAAACCUUAGGAUAAGGAAACCUCGCAAGAUUCUUCAGUAUAUAUUCCCUAACAUCUGCACACUAGAUUCUCCCCCAUGGGAUAUAUAAAUAUAUAUAUACACAAGUGCAUUCUGAUGCAAAAAAAAAAAAAAAUAGAAAAAAUAAAGUUUUAUCCACGUUCCCCCACACAUACAUGCAAGCCGUCAACUUGUUCUCGGAGGUUUAUCAAGAACUACACCAUAAGUCCACACAAGAGUUAUUAGUGAUACACAGUGAUGGUGUCAGCGAAUAGGAACCUUGUAUUUGGUUAUAUUUCAGAUAGGUUCUUAUCUGUACUCACAAAAUGUUGAUAAAAUGAACCUUCCUGAAGUGGUGCAGAAGGUUUACACUCCGCUGACGACCUCGACGCAUGUAUUGGACGGCUACAGUUUGAAGGGAAAGAAGAAGAGCAGUGGCGAGAUGUUAAUAGUAGGCGUAUUAAUUUGUUGUGUACUAAUGCCAGGCUCUUGGCACUUCUGGCAGGCACCUUUGGCACUACUGGCCGGCCCUCACAGGUCCUCGGUCCUCACGGUUUAUAGCGUUGUUGUUAGUUAUUCAUAAACCUCUUGACGCAGCUUCUUGGGUCUAACAGGACGUCAAGCCAAGAGGCCAGAGCAUCAGUUAACAUGUGAUGAGGAAAGUUUAAUAACUCCUGUUGGUGGAGAGACACAAGUCACUUAAUAACUCUUCCCAGCCUCAAUAUUCUCCUCUAACCUAACCUAACCUAACCUAAUCGUCACUACAGUUAAAAACCUUCUUGUUACCAGUUGCUGAAGAAAUUAAUCCGUUUCAUGUUUACAGUCAUGUGUGUGUCCAGUCAUGUGUGUGUCUUCAUUAACUCAGUUUGUGUCAAAUUCUUUAGAGAUUCAUUGCUCUUGUUGCCUCACACCAGCUGUUUUUUAAUUAACAUUUGUUCAGAGUUGCUUUUGGAAUUUAUAUUUAUUGUCCAGGAACAAGUGUGAGUUAUUGGUACUUCUCUUAGACGCUAGUGAGGUCAUAAUGUUGUCAAAGUGUAAUUAACUAACAAGAGCGAAUUAUAACAUGAUAAAAGAGAAUCAAGAAUAACAAAGAAGGUUGUAAAAAUAUCACAUAGGAAAUAACGACACUCAAAAAUCAUCACAGUAGAAUUUUGUGUCGAACUUCUAAUAACAUAAGAGGAGGGACCAGGAGGGGGGGGGGGGGUCAGUAGUGUCGGGAGCCUGGUGGACCAACUAUGGUACUAUGAGUGUGCUAUUGUUGUGAUGGUUGGCGCGGAAGACCGGGUUAAUUGGGCACUGACACCGCUCACCUGCCUGAGGCAACCGCAAGCAAACUACCGAACUACCUCUCAAUUGUUAAGAAUCCUUAGACCGGUUCCAUAGUUCCUAUCAAUGGUUGUGAUGUGAUCGGCAAGUGUUAGUCUUUAACUUGGGGUUUGAUAAGGGUAAUUUUUUGCUAUUCAGAAUAGAUAGACAGAGAGUAAUGAUAGAAGGCUCAAGUCGCUGAUCCGUCACUUUGUAGAGGACGAGGUCAAGAGCAAUACAAAGUGUGGCUGACGGUGAGGGUGACGGGGCGCCCUCAGGAGGACGUCUCCAGCACCCACACCGUCCGGCUACACACAUUCUGUGACCAAGUUCUCCAUAUAUUUUGAUUCCGUUUUUACAGAGCAUCGCAGCAGAGUUUGACGCUCACAGUCAGACACAUCAGUGGAGGCAAGACUUAAGAGUCCCCUCACAGCUCUCAGGGGUCUUACCGACACUCAUCAGUCCUGGCAAGAAUUGGAUCUAAGAAGCUCAUUGUUUACGUGAAACUUGUUUGUUUACCUGUCCAGCUGUUACAGGUGAGUGUCGAGAAGGACCCCCGAGGCCGCACCACUCAGAACCAACAUUUAUGUUUCCGAAGCAUUACAGACAGCCUGGGGGGCGCCGCACCUCACACACGCCUCUUGUCUACGUCAUCACAUAGAGAAAAAUAUAUGGUUGUAGUUAAUAAAAUUGAAGUUAAUAAUAAAUUAUAUUCCAGAGUUGAGGAAAAUAAAAGUGUUGAUAAGUCAUGUGGAGUUAUGGGUGAUGAUGGUUUAAUUUACCUGGAAACAUUCACCUGCACUAAAAGACGGUCAAAUUUAACAUGAAAUUACCAGUGACUUCUUGGAUUGAUUAUAUUGAGAUGAGUCAUGAUAGUUUGAGUGAUAUGAUACUAAUGGCAGGUGAACACAGGUAAAGGGAGGUGAGUACAGGUCAGUCUGUCGGGGUCAAAACAGAAGCAAGAACAGAGUGUGAGGCGCGGCGCUGCCCAGGAGCGCAGGUGCGCCCAGUACCUGGUCAGGUCCCCUUGAGGCGGCGUGAGGGCGGUGCGGUGUUGGUGCCCUGGGACGUGUUCAGGGGCGGUGCCCGGCCACCUGGCACGGGCACCCGCCUACAGUAGGCUAGUUAGGAUUAGCUUCUUAUAUUCGACAAACUAUCAGUAAUUACCAUUUGCUGUCGACCUUUCUCCAUGUUGUAGCGGAAACUUAUAAAACGAUUUUCGUCACUAGAGGAGUCAUUAUAAUUCUUUAAUGUUUCGUUAGUGCCAUGGUAGUUAGCUCGCUUGACAGGUGUAAGUUUUAACAACAAAAAUUAACCAGGUUAACUAUGUUUAUAUUUUACUCUUAAGAAAAUGAACAAUAAUAUCCACCUUUUGUCCACUGCAGGGCCAUGUGGCCAAGCCUGACGCUGGAGUGCCAUGUCUCCAGGCCAUGCAGUACUGCUGCCAUGUAGCAGUGUUGCCAUGUCCUGUGGCCAUGCAGCAGUGUUUACCAUGUCUUGCGAUCUUGCAACAGUGUGCCAUCAUGUCUUGUAGACAUGCAGCAGUGUUGCCAUGUGUUGUGGUCAUUCAGCAGUGUUACCAUCCUAGACAUUUAAGGUGCAGUGUUUUCAGUACAGAGCAGUGUUGCCAUCCCAGAUAUUUCUAUAGUAGUGGAUCAUCUCCCAGUGGUGCCAUAUCAGGUGGUCAUCUCCCAGCGUUGCCAUUUUAGAGUUCCUGAGAGCAAGGUAGAAAGUUCCUCAUAAGUCUUAUAUAAACGUUCAAGAGUUUCAUGCACGCUUGUUUGUGACUCAACAUUACUAACGUAGAUCAAGACAGUUCUAUUGAAUGAAGAUAUGCAAAUUUCAGCUCACAUUUCGGUGCCAAAAAAAAAUGGCAUUUAAAUGACAAUGCAAACGGUUGUAUGUUCCUUAAAAAAACCAAUAAUACAUAUCAAACAGACUGAUAUAUUUUAUACACUGAUCUUUCCUAGUACAUAUUUGAGCAAAGUACAAGAAGCACCUAUUGGAUGUUGCAGCAGAGAUAUUUUGUUCCUCCCGUGUCACAGCAUCAGUACUCACCCACACUAUGCACACAGCUGAAGAACUUAACGAGGGUUGAAAGAAGGUAACAAGUUCCUAUUUGUGUCUCUGUGAUUCCUACUUUCAUAAUAUUAGUAAGUAAACAAAACAGUGGAUAAUUUAACGGUGAAGUAAAGAAUAAACUAAAACAGACAGACUAACGUACAGUAGAUGUUCAGUCUUGAGUUCUUUAGUCACGGUUGGUACAAAUUGUUCAGCGUUGAGUGUCUGUCUCUCUCCCCAGGGUCCUUCACAAUGUUAACCUAUCUGAGAGGUUUUUUUCCCGUCGUGUGAUCUCCCGACACGACAAAAUUUCUCGCGUAGUUUGAGCAGAUGACGCCACAUAGUCGUCCACUGUCCCACUAGUCUCAAUGGUUCGUAGGAAACAUCUCAACUAUUGACUUACGAUAAAACACAAAACAAAAAUGUGAUCGAAAUUACCUCGAGACUUGACCUUUACUCUAUAACUUAAACCAGAUAAAUUUAAAAUAAAUUUUGUCGGAUUUUAGCGUCGGUGUUUGAGUCUAUGUGAAUCAAAAGGAUGGUAAGACAUGUUUGUUGUUGCUUCAGAGUUAAUGACGUCAUCUUGCUUCAGAGUUUGACAUCUUGCUUUAGAGAGUUAGUAACGUCACCUUGCUUCAGUGAAUUAAUGACGUCAUUUUGCUUCAGAGUUAAUGACAUCUUGCUUCAGAGUUAAUGACAUCAUCUUGCUUCAGACGAUAGAAAAGUACAGAAUUCCUUUGGCAGAAUCACCAAUUAAGGCUCAUUACGGCUAAAUACUAAAAUAAUCCGAAGUGGUUGUUGAUUGGCCGAUGCGUUAGUGUAAAAGCGAGUCUACUGUGACGUCAGAUAGAAUACCAACGAGUUUAUCUCUCUCACCUAUUGACUCGACCAAUUAUGAGCCAGUAUAGGGAGUGACGUCAGGCGUGGGUGUCAUUUAACCCACCAAUAGUUGAGAGGGAAGGGCCUGGGUGAAGGGACAGCCUUACCACCAGCACACGCACACCACCAGUACACAUCACUACGUGUUAUUAAACUUCGUGUGGUGUGAGCUUAUAACACAACAGCAAAAGGGGGGGGGGGGGGUUGUGUCUAGUGUUAUGAAUUCUCAACAAAAUCUGUACCUGUAUAUUUGAUUUUUUGUCUUCAUCUGACCUCUUGUAAGAAACACUUAAGUGGUGGUGUAGGGGGGAGUGUGUGGAUGUUGUGUCGUAAGCUCACACCACUUGAUGCAGUUUGAUCACACGGGCGUUUUCUCCUCUCGUCCCGGGAUCACGGUAAAAGGAGUUUGGCUUUGAUCUUUGUUAUGACUGAGUUAGCUGAGCUGGGAGACUGACCACCUAACUUACACCUGGGGGAGCACAGGAUGACCUAAGGUGACCUCUCGUCUACCCAGGGAAGGAAAAUGACCCGAGUAACAAAUUAAAUGCCUCCGUGACAGUCAUGGCUGGUGGUAUGGUGACGUGACACUACAAUACCUCAUCACCCUCACCAUAAGUUAUAAUUAUGUGUAUAGUAUCAACCAGGUACCAGAAAUAUAAACAGGUAGAGUCAUUACUUGUUACUAGGGUCAUUAUCUCACCUGUGUUAUGGCGUAGAAGCCACUAAAUGUUACUGACAAUGUUCCUAAUUUAUGACUAAAAAAUAAAUAUUUGUAUACACGUUUAUAUACAACAAAAAAUAAAAUCCUCAAAGUUUUUAUGUUCCUCUGAGGAGUGAUGUGAGGCCUGGCAUUAUUAGAUGGUUCACCCCCCACCUAGACGGUCUGGACUAGCAAGUACUGUAGAGAGAGAGAAAAAAAACACAAACAAAAGAUGGAUUUGAAUGUACCUCUUGUGACGUGAGAUGCGAACUGUGACGUCACGACCAAUAACAAUGAGGGUUUUCUGUAUAUUGUGUUGGUGAUUGGCUGAUCACACUCCUACCUCACGUUACUCUCUUAAGAUAACAAUAAUAAAUAAAAAAAAAAGAUAACAUUCCUACCUUUGUUCCUUAGUGAUAUUGUGAUAAUAUUUUGGCGCUCUAAGGACAAAGGUAUGGUCAAGUAGGAUGUAUUUUUUAGAAGAUUUUGUGAAGGAUAUGUGAAGUGUAUAAAAGAAAGGAAGGUGUUUUGUAGGAUUUGUGAUGAUGGUGAUUAGGACUGAACAAGGAGCAGCAGAUGACGUAACCUGUAAAGGAUGCUAGAAUGACACUUAAAGCCUCUAUCAUUAAUUUUGUUGAGAUUAUUAAUAGGAAAAUUGUCCCUCUUAAAAAAAAAAAAAAAAUACUCAGAUCUGAUGAUAGUUUGGUAGAGGCUAAAGCAUUGUUCCAGUGUCCCAGCCCAAGUAAUGUUAUGUGAUAAGGUGUGUGUGUUAUAUGGAAUUAAUUAAGUUAUCAAGGAUUUUUUUUUAAUUAGUUUAAAAAAUGUCGGGUUUUUCUGUCUCACAUUUUUUUGGUUAUGAUAUUAAUCUUGCUAAGACUCCACCAAUCACAUGGUUUAACUCUCUUACAGUACACAGACACAGUAUUGUUUAUCAUUGUCGUAGUUAAUAACACCUAUCAAGUGGUCCUAUGAUUUAAUGAAUAAACUCACAACAACCUC